AUGGCGUCGAGACCGGAGCGAGUAGCACCGCCGGAGAUUUUCUACGACGAUACCGAAGCUCGCAAGUACACUUCUUCUUCCCGUAUUAUUGAAAUUCAGGCCUCACUAUCAGAGCGAGCUUUGGAGCUACUUGCUUUGCCUGAAGAUGGUGUUCCCAAAUUGCUUCUUGACAUUGGUUGUGGAUCGGGACUCAGCGGUGAGACACUCUCCGAGGAGGGUCAUCAUUGGAUUGGUCUCGAUAUUUCGCCUUCAAUGCUUAACAUUGCAUUGGAGCGAGAGGUUGAGGGUGACCUAUUACUCAAUGACAUGGGUCAAGGUUUAGGGUUUCGUCCGGGAGUUAUUGACGGGGCUAUCAGUAUAUCUGCCGUUCAGUGGUUAUGUAAUGCUGAUAGAUCAUCUCACAACCCUCGAUUAAGAUUGAAGGCUUUCUUUACAUCUUUAUACAAAUGUUUGUCCAAUGGCGCUAAAGCUGUUUUUCAAGUGUAUCCUGAAAAUAAUGACCAGCGUGAAUUGAUUAUGAAUGCUGCAAUGCAUGCUGGGUUUGCUGGUGGCAUAGUGGUGGAUUAUCCACAUAGUUCUAAGAAGAGAAAAGAGUUUCUUGUUCUCGCUUGUGGUCAACUAUCAUCGAAUGCAUCCUUGUCCCAAGGUAAAAAUGAAGAUGAAAAUCAGUUAUCCAAUGAUGAUAGUGAGAGCGAUGAUGAAGAAAAUCAGACAGUGUGUAACUUAGACAGACAUAGACACUUGAAGAGACAGAAAAAGAAUAAGAGCGGCAAGGGAAGGGAAUGGAUACUGAGGAAGAAGGAUCAGAGGAGAAGAAGAGGAAAGGAAGUUCCUCAAGAUACAAAAUACACAGGUCGGAAACGGAAGGGCCAAUUUUGA